CCGCCCCGCCUGCCCGGCUCCCCGCCGCCUGCGGCUGAUGCUUGCUGUCCCCCAGCUGCCCUGAGCCCGCCCGUGUGGACCGUACAAAGCCAACAGCCCACGCCGCUGUCCGGAGACUGCCUUGCCCGGGAGGAGCCCGCGGCUACCAGGAAGGGACCAUGUACGUAGACCCGGAGGCUGCCGGCAAAGGAGUGCGCUCCCGCGAUGUCCUCCUGGUCUCAGCCAUCAUCACCGUCAGCCUUAGCGUCACCAUCGUCCUGUGCGGGAUCUGCCAGUGGUGCCAGCGCAAACUGGGUAAACGUUAUAAAAAUUCCCUGGAGACGGUGGGGACCCCAGAUUCCAGCCGAGGGCGCAGUGAAAAGAAAACCAUCAAUGAUCUAGACAGAGACUUUUGGAAUAACAAUGACAACACAGUGCAGCAGAAAUGGAGCUCCUACCCUCCCAAGGAGUUUAUACUAAACAUUUCACCUUACGCCCCAUACGGUGAUCCACGACUUUCCCUCAAUGGCUCUCUGCUGUCGGGUGCUAAGUUGGCCGCCUCUUCUGCGUCGGGGCUGGCGGGGGAGCGAGAAGGACGCCUGGGGGAGAAGCAGCAGCUCCGAGAGGACGGCAUGAAGAGCAGCCUGUCUGCCCACAGCGAGCCCAGCAAUGGGAAGGCGGGGAGAGGCCGAUGGCACACGGUGCAGAGCCACCUAGCAGCAGGGAAGCUCAGCCUAUCCAAUUUCGAGGACUCCACAAUGUCCACAGCCACUACCCUUGAGUAUAUCCCCACCUCAGCAGGAGACCCGAAAUGCCAGCGUCCCCGCACACUGAUGCGCCAGCAGAGCCUCCAGCAGCCACUUAGCCAGCACCAGAAAAGCAACCACAGCCAGCCCACCACCAGCCAGAGCCUGGGGCACCUACAGUCUCACACCAGCUCCUCUUCCAGCGGCGGCAACCCCCGGGGCCGGAGCGGCCAGUCGCGGCAAGGGGUCUCUGCUGGCUCCAAACACCGGACGGCUGGUGGCCGAAGCCGCUCCAACCCCGGGAGCUGGGACCAUGUGGUGGGGCAGAUUCGCAACCGAGGCUUGGAAGUGAAGUCCUUCCUGGAAGGCCGGAUGGUGGUGUUAUCCCUGGUUCUGGGACUCUCGGAACAGGACGACUUUGCCAAUAUACCCGAUCUGCAAACCGCUGGGAAUCAGCAGGCACAGAACUCUCAGGGGGACAAGAGGUUGCCAUCUGGAGGCAAGAUGGUGAACACAGCCCCUAUGUCCGGGCAGACCCAACAUGACGAGUCUGACCGCAAAACGGAGCCUCGCUCGUCCGUCUCGGACCUGGUGAACUCCCUGACUAGUGAGAUGCUAAUGCUCUCCCCAGGCUCUGAGGAUGAUGAGGGACAUGACAGCUCCAGCAGGGAGAAACUCGGCCGAAUCCAAUUCAGCGUCGGCUACAACUUCCAGGAAUCUACCCUGACUGUCAAGAUCAUGAAGGCUCAGGAGCUGCCAGCCAAGGACUUCAGUGGCACCAGUGACCCUUUCGUCAAGAUCUACCUGCUGCCUGAUAAAAAGAACAAGCUGGAGACCAAAGUGAAGAGAAAGAACUUGAAUCCGCACUGGAAUGAGACCUUCCUCUUUGAAGGUUUCCCAUAUGAGAAGGUGGUGCAGCGGGUGCUGUAUCUCCAGGUUCUGGACUAUGACCGCUUCAGUCGCAAUGACCCCAUCGGAGAGGUGUCCAUUCCACUCAACAAGUUGGACCUGACCCAGAUGCAGACAUUCUGGAAGGAGCUGAAACCCUGCAGUGAUGGGAGUGGAAGUCGGGGAGAACUCCUCCUGUCCCUUUGCUACAACCCUUCUGGUAACUCCAUCAUUGUGAAUAUCAUCAAAGCACGGAAUCUGAAAGCCAUGGACAUCGGGGGGACGUCAGACCCUUACGUCAAGGUGUGGCUGAUGUACAAAGACAAGAGGGUGGAGAAGAAGAAGACGGUGGUAAUGAAGCGGUGCCUGAACCCAGUCUUCAACGAGUCCUUCAUCUUCGACAUCCCCACUGAGAAGCUGCGAGAGACGACCAUCAUCAUCACCGUCAUGGACAAGGACAGGCUGAGCCGGAAUGACGUCAUUGGCAAGAUUUACCUGUCCUGGAAGAGUGGCCCUGGUGAGGUGAAGCACUGGAAGGAUAUGAUCGCCCAUCCCCGGCAGGCCGUGGCACAGUGGCACCAGUUGAAGGCCUGAGCGGCAGCAGCUGAGAAUUCUGUCUGGCUUUCACCGCUCCAAGUAGACGUUUCUUGGCCAUGCUCUCACUACUUUAUGCACAACAGAGGCACCUGGGGUCCCCCUAAGGGACAAGCUUGGGGCUGACAAGGAGCUGAGGGUCUGAAGUUGGCGACGUUUCCAAACUCUGGGAAGCAGCGUUGGCCAUCCGCUGUGUCCACAGGGCAGCCGGCACCAACGGGAGCACCUUUAGUGCCCGACUUCCUGCUUUAACCUUUCCUCCUGACUCGUUACACCGAGAGAGAGAUGCCAGCCCUCUAGGUGGGAAGGAGCCUUGGCACUGGUUUGUUUUGGCCCUGGAGAGCGAGGAAGUGGUGUUGGCGCAACUGGCUCCAUGAGGUGAUGAGAGGAGGAGACACCUCCGCCACACAAGACUUCCUAUGAGUUCUUCCAGCCCAAGGCCUGUUGGGAGCGCUCCCCAGAGGAAGUCAGCAUCUCCUAGAGGGCAUGUGGGCCUAGGAGGGGGGCCGGCAAGGGGGACAUGCCCUCGGUCUCCUUGAGGUCAUUUAUUUUUAAUUCAAUAAAACUUGUAAGAGUAAUAAGAAUAAUAUAAGUAAUAGCGGCUAGAAUCCCAUCCCGGCCAGGGCUGGGGGAAUCCGCACCACUCCAACAGCCUCCUGUGCAUUUCCUGUGUGUGUGUAUAAGCGUGUUGUAAGUGUCACAUGUUUGCGUGCGGGCUGCUCACAUCUUGCUCGCUCUCUCUCUCUCUGCCCUGCCUGGGAGAAACCCCUGAUCCCACAGGACGAUGGUGGUCCCAGUGCGGGAUGUGGUUUUUUUUUAAUUGGCUGGUGCAUGGGGUUUGAAGCAAUUGAUGCCACAUGGGGAGUGGGGCCAGUACAUGCUUGAUAGGGAGAGAGGCGGAAGGAGCUGCCCACCAGGCAGGGUCUCCCCUCAUGACCACUCUGUAGUAUAUGGGAUUGGAAGCCAUAACAGAUGGAUCGGUAGCCAAACUGGGCUCGGCUUUAGGGCUAAUGAGAGCUUGACUGUAGUCACCGCACUCUGGCUGGUGAGGGCCUCGUCCUGCUCGAACUGAGAGAGUUUCCCAAACCAGCUCCGAAACACUGCUACGCUCCCAGGCAUAUGGACCCUGAAACAGCCCACCCCUCCAGCACCCAUCCCUCAACCUGACCCCAGACACUCCACACCCUCCCCAUACACAGGCCACUCCUCCAGCCCCCAACCCCCAACCUGACCCCAGAUCCUCCCCAUACACAGCCCACCCCUUCAGCACCCAUCCCCCAACCUGACCUAGGUCUCAAAGGUGCUGUCUUUGAAGGUCUCCCACUUGCUGUGGGGCUGGAUAUGCCCCCACCCCUUCUCCUCAAUCCAGUAGUGAUACAGCCCCAUGAUGGGCUCUCCUGGCUGGGCUGAGGUAGCAGGCGGCUAUUUCAUGGUGGUCCAUUUGAGCCCAUUCCGGGUGCGUCACUGGGCCAUGUCCGCUGCAGUGGCUGGCUGGGCCCCAGGGGUGCUCUGUUCCCCACCCCCACAGUUCUGGGCAUUGCUGCUCAUUUCCUGGCAGCGUGACACUGGGGCAAAGGGGCUGCACAUCGCCCACAAAUGGGCACAAAAUAACUAAUGUCGCCCAUCAGCCCUUGAGGAGCCUGCUAGGUGUCCAAGAACGCCAGAGCCCUGGGUGUUGGGGCAUGGGAAUGCUGCCGACACAGCCCACCCCCACCUCCCGCCCAUCAUUCCCCACAAGCAGGGGGCCAGACUGGCAUAGCUGUGAGCGCGCCAGUGCUGCUGCUACACCACUGCUUACACCGCCACCUGCAGGGAGCGGCUGGCACUGGCCUAGCCAGGAGCAUCUCUUGGCCAGCACUCCCCAUAUGGCCCUGCCUGCUGCCCAGCACGUCACUCAGCCCCAGGGCUCUGACCUGCCCUGGUCCCUCCCCGGCCCCUUUGAAGGGACUGUUCCUCGCUAUUCCUGUCAGGCCUGAGCCUGAGGGGGAGCAGGUGUGCUGAAUUAUGCACCGGCCUCGCUCAGCCAGCAAGGGACCCUGCUAGAGAGCUAGCUGGAAACUGCCCAUCUGGACUGCAAGCCAGGGCUGGUGCUGAGCCAUGGGACUAGGAGCCGCUGAACAGCCACUUACACUCAGGCAAGGGCAAGAAGCCCUCAUUUAAUUCCUGCAGCGCUGGCACAGGGAGG